AUGAGUGCAGCCUUCGCAAGGAGUGCAGCCUUCGCAAGGAGUGCAGCCUUCGCAAGGAGUGCAGCCUUCGCAAGGAGUGCAGCCUUCGCAAGGAGUGCAGCCUUCGCAAGGAGAGCAGCCUUCGCAAGGAGUGCAGCCUUCUCAAGGAGUGCAGCCUUCGCAAGGAGUGCAGCCUUCGCAAGGAGUGCAGCCUUCGCAAGGAAUGCAGCCUUUGCAAGGAGUGCAGCCUUCGCAAGGAGUAGAGCCUUCGCAAGGAGUGCAGCCUUCGCAAGUAGUGCAGCCUUCGCAAGGAGUGUAGCCCUCGCAAGGAGUACAGCCUUCGCAAGGAGUGCAGCCUUCGCAAGGAGUGCAGCCUUCGCAAGGAGUGCAGCCUUCGCAAGGAGUGCAGCCUUCGCAAGGAGUGCAGUUUUCGCAAGGAGUGCAGCCUUCGCAAGGAGUGCAGCCUUCGCAAGGAGUGCAGCCUUCGCACGGAGUGCAGCCUUCGCACGGAGUGCAGCCUUCGCACGGAGUGCAGCCUUCGCACGGAGUGCAGCCUUCGCACGGAGUGCAGCCUUCGCACGGAGUGCAGCCUUCGCAAGGAGUGCAGCCUUCGCAAGGAGUGCAGCCUUUGCAAGGAGUGCAGCCUUCGCAAGGAGUGGAGCCUUCGCAAGGUGUGCAGCCUUCGCAAGGAGUGCAGCCUUCGCAAGGAGUGCAGCCUUCGCAAGGAGUGCAGCCUUCGCAAGGAGUGCAGCCUUCGCAAGGAGUGCAGCCUUCGCAAGGAGUGCAGCCUUCGCAAGGAAUGCAGCCUUCGCAAGGAGUGCAGCCUUCGCAAGGAGUGCAUCCUUCGCAAGGAGUGCAGCCUUCGCAAGGAGUGCAGCCUUCGCAAGGAGUGCAGCCUUCGCAAGGAGUGCAGCCUUCGCAAGGAGUGCAGCCUUCGCAAGGAGUGCUGCCUUCGCAUGGAUUGCUGCCUUCGCAUGGAGUGCUGCCUUCGCAUGGAGUGCUACCUUCGCAUGGAGUGCUGCCUUUGCAUGGAGUGCUGCCUUUGCAUGGAGUGCUGCCUUUGCAUGGAGUGCUGCCUUGGCAUGGAGUGCUGCCUUCGCAUGGAGUGCUGCCUUCGCAUGGAGUGCUGCCUUCGCAAGGAGUGCUGCCUUCGUAAGGAGUGCUGCAUUCGCAAGGAGUGCUGCAUUCACAAAGAUUGCUUCCUUCGCAAGGAGUGGUGCCUUCGCAAGGAGUGCUGCUUUCGCAAGGGGUGCUGCCUUUGCACGGAGUGCUGCCUUCGCACGGAGUGCAUCCUUCGCAACUAGUGCUGCCUUCGCACGGAGUGCUGCCUUCGCACAGAGUGCAGCCUUCACAUGUAGUGCUUCCGUCGCAAGGAGUGCUUCCUUCGCAACGAGUGCUGCCUUCGCAAGGUGUGCUGCAUUCGCAAAUAGUGUAGCCUUCGAAUGGGGUGCAGCAUUCACACGGAAUACAGACUUUGCAAGGAGUGCAGCCUUCGAACAGAGUGAAGCCUUUGCGAGGAGGGCAGCCUUCGCAUGGAGUGCAGCCUUCGCAUGGAGAGCAGCCUUCACAUGGAGUGCAGCCUUCGCAUGGCGUGCAGCCUUCGCAUGGAGUGCAGCCUUCGCAUGGCGUGCAGCCUUCGCAUGGAGUGCAGCCUUCGCAAGGAGUACAGCCUUCGCAAGGAGUGCAGCCAUCGCAGGGAGUGCAGCCUUCGCAAGGAGUGCAGCCUUCGCAAGGAGUACAGCCUACACAAGGAGUGCAGCCUUCGCAAGGAGUGCAGCCUUCGCAACUAGUGCAGCCUUCGCAAGGAGUGCAGCCUUCGCAAGGAGUGCAGCCUUCGCAAGGAGUGCAGCCUUCGCAAGGAGUGCAGCCUUCGCAUGGAAUGCAGCCUUCACACGGAAUACAGCCUUUGCAAGGUGUGCUGCAUUCGCAAGGACAGUAGCCUUCGAAUGCGGUGCAGCAUUCACACAGAAUACAGCCUUUGCAAGGAGUGCAGCCUUCGAACAGAGUGAGGCUUUUGCGAGGAGGGCAGCCUUCGCAUGGAGUGCAGCCUUUGCAUGGAGUGCAGCCUUCGCAUGGAGUGCAGCCUUCGCAUGGAGUGCAGCCUUCGCAAGGAUUGCAGGCUUCGCAAGGAGUGCAGCCUUCACAAGGAGUGCUGCCUUCGCAAGGACUGCAGCCUUCGCAAGGAAAGCAGCCUUCGCAAGGAGUGCAGCCUUCGCAAGGAGUGCAGCCUUCGCAAGGACUGCAGCCUUCGCAAGGAGUGCAGGCUUCGCAAGGAGUGCAGCCUUCGCAAGGAGUGCAGCCUUCGCAAGGAGUGCAGCCUUCGCAAGGAGUGCUGCCUUCGCAAGGAGUGCAGCCUUCGCAUGGAGUGCUGCCUUCGCAUGGAGUGCUGCCUUCGCAUGGAUAGCUGCCUUUGCAUGGGGUGCUGCUUUCGCAUGGAGUGCUACCUUCGCAUGGAGUGCUGCCUUUGCAUGGAGUGCUGCCUUUGCAUGGAGUGCUGCCUUUGCAUGGAGUGCUGCCUUUGCAUGGAGUGCUGCCUUUGCAUGGAGUGCUGCCUUCGCACAGAGUGCAGCCUUCGCACGUAGUGCUUCCUUCGCAAGGAGUGCUUCCUUCGCAUCGAGUGCUGCCUUCGCAAGGUGUGCUGCAUUCGCAAGGACAGUAGCCUUCGAAUGGGGUGCAGCAUUCACACGGAAUACAGCCUUUGCAAGGAGUGCAGCCUUCGAACAGAGUGAAGCCUUUGCGAGGAGGGCAGCCUUCGCAUGGAGUGCAGCCUUCGCAUGGAGAGCAGCCUUCACAUGGAGUGCAGCCUUCGCAUGGCGUGCAGCCUUCGCAUGGAGUGCAGCCUUCGCAUGGAGUGCAGCCUUCGCAUGGAGUGCAGCCUUCGCAAGGAGUGCAGCCUUCACAAGGAGUGCAGCCUUCGCAAGGAGUGCAGCCUUCGCAAGGAGUGCAGCCUUCGCAAGGAGUGGAGCCUUCGCAAGGAGUGCAGCCUUCGCAAAGAGUGCAGCCUUCGCAAGGAGUGCAGCCUUCGCAAGGAGUGCAGCCCUCGCAAGGAGUGCAGCCUUCGCAAGGAGUGCGGCCUUCGCAAGGAGUGCAGCCUUCGCAUGGAAUGCAGCCUUCACACGGAAUACAGCCUUUGCAAGGUAUGCUGCAUUCGCACGGACAGUAGCCUUCGAAUGGGGUGCAGCAUUCACACAGAAUACAGCCUUUGCAAGGAGUGCAGCCUUCGAACAGUGUGAGGCCUUUGCGAGGAGGGCAGCCUUCGCAUGGAGUGCAGCCUUUGCAUGGAGUGCAGCCUUCGCAUGGAGUGCAGCCUUCGCAUGGAGUGCAGCCUACGCAAGGAUUGCAGCCUUCGCAAGGAGUGCAGCCUUCACAAGGAGUGCAGCCUUCGCAAGGACUGCAGCCUUCGCAAGGAGUGCAGCCUUCGCAAGGAGUGCAGCCUUCGCAAGGGGUGCAGCCUUCGCUAGGAGUGCAGCCUUCGCAAGGAGUGCAGCCUUCGCAAGGAGUGCAGCCUUCGCAAGGAGAGCAGACUUCGCAAGGAGUGCAGCCUUCGCAAGGAGUGCAGCCUUCGCAAGGAGUGCAGCCUUCGCAAGGAGUGCAGCCUUCGCAAGGAGUGCAGCCUUCGCAAGGAGUGCAGCCUUUGCAAGGAGUGCAGCCUUCGCAAGGAGUGCAGCCUUCGCAAGGAGUGCAGCCUUCGCAAGGAGUGCAGCCUUCGCAAGGAGUGCAGCCUUUGCAAGGAGUGCAGCCUUCGCAAGGAGUGCAGCCAUCGCAAGGAGUGCAGCCUUCGCAAGGAGUGCAGACUUCACAAGGAGUGCAGCCUUCGCAAGGAGUGGUGCCUACGCAAGGAGUGCUGCUUUUGCAAGGGGUGCUGCCUUUGCACGGAGUGCUGCCUUCGCACGGAGUGCAUCCUCCGCAAGGAGUGCUGCCUUCGCACGGAGUGCUGCCUUCACACAGAGUGCAGCCUUCGCACGUAGUGCUUCCUUCGCAUGGAGUGCUUCCUUCGCAACGAGUGCUGCCUUCGCAUGCAGUGCUGCCUUCGCAUGGAGUGCAUCCUUCGCUAGGAGUGCUGCCUUCGCACGGAGUGCUGCCUUCGCACAGAGUGCAGCCUUCGCACGUAGUGCUUCCUUCGCAAGGAGUGCUUCCUUCGCAAGGAGUGCUGCCUUCGCAAGGGUUGCUGCCUUCGCAAGGGUUGCUGCCUUCUCAAGGAUUGCUGCCUUCGCAUGCAGUGCAGCCUUCACACGUUGUGCUGCCUUCGCACGGAGUGCUGCCUAUGCACAGACUGCUGGCGUCGCAGGGAGUGCUGCCUUCGCUAGGGGUGCUGUCUUCGCAGGGAGUGCUGCCUUCCCAAGGGGAGGUGCCUUCGCAAGGAGUGCUGCCUUCGCAAGUAGUGCUGCCUUCACAAAGGGUGCAGCCUUCGCUAGGAGCGCUGCUUUCGCAAGUAGUGCUGCCUUAGCAAUGGGUGGUGCCAUCACAAGGAGUGCAGCUUUUGCAAGGAGUGCUGCCUUAGCAUGGAGUGGAUCCUUCGCACGUAGCACUGCCUUCGCACGGAGUGCUGCCUUUGCACGGAGUGCUGCCUUUGCAGGCAGUGCUGCCUUUGUAAGGAGUGCUGCCUCCGCAAGGAGUGCUGCCUCCACAAGGAGUGCUGCCUUCGCGAGGAGUGCUGCCUUCGCAAGGAGAGCUGCCUUCGCAAGGAGUGCUGCCUUCGCAUGGAGUGCUGCCUUCGCAUGGAGUGCUGCCUUCGCAUGGAGUGCUGCCUUCGCAUGGAGUGCUGCCUUCGCAUGGAGUGCUGCCUUUGCAUGGAGUGCUGCCUUUGCAUGGAGUGCUGCCUUUGCAUGGAGUGCUGCCUUUGCAUGGAGUGCUGCCUUCGCAUGGAGUGCUGCCUUCGCAAGGAGUGCUGCCUUCGCAAGGAGUGCUGCAUUCGCAAGGAGUGCUGCAUUCGCAAAGAUUACUUCCUUCACAAGGAGUAGUGCAUACGCAAGGAAUGCUGCUUUCGCAAGGGGUGCUGCCUCUGCACGGAGUGCUGCCUUCGCACGGAGUGCAUCCUUCGCAAGGAGUGCUGCCUUCGCACGGAGUGCUGCCUUCGCACAGUGUGCAGCCUUCGCAAGGGUUGCUGCCUUGGCAAGGGUUGCUGCCUUGGCAAGGAUUGCUGCCUUCGCAUGCAGUGCAACCUUCACACGUUCUGCUGCCUUCGCAUGGAGUGCUGCCUAA